AUGCCAACUAUUUCUGAUCAAGAACCCCACUCAACGCCCUCGCACCCAAACGUCUUCAAGUCUCUCGCGGAACUAGAUGACUGGACCUCAAAACCAAGAUAUCAAACCAAAUUAGAGGGUCUCCUGGAAUAUACGCCACGCAGUAAGCCUGACAACCCUUCUCACAGAAAUUCUGGGAAACUCCUGGUGUGCCAUGACUACAAGGGCGGCUACAGCGAAGGCCCUUCAUCUUUGGCAUAUACUUUUAAUUUUUGGGAUCUCUGCGACACAUUUAUCUAUUUUUCGCAUCAUCGUGUGACCAUUCCUCCACCUGGAUGGGUUAAUGCUGCUCACCGACAAGGUGUCAAGAUCCUUGGAGUGCUGAUCUUUGAACAUGAGCAGUCUAUGGAGGACACACUUCGUCUUUUCCUUGGAAAACUGCCAAAUUCUAGGACAAGACCUCCGGCAUUGCUCAUCGGUGAUGGUCUCCCAGUUUCCCGAUACUAUGCUCGCAUCCUUGCAGACCUUGCCUAUGAGCGCGGAUUUGACGGCUAUCUACUCAACUUCGAGUAUCCACUUCCUGGAAGGGCCAAUCAAACACGAGCCAUAGAAACUUGGGUCAGCCUCUUGAACGCGGAACUCAAACACAAAGUCGGUGGUCAUGCUCAGACAGUUUGGUAUGACAGCGUCAUUGUUACCGGCGACUUGCGUUGGCAAGACCGUCUGAACUCUCGGAACGUCUCAUUCUUCCUAGCGUCGGAUACUUUUUUUACAAACUAUACCUGGCCUCCUUCUUUCCCUGCUAUCUCUGCACAGUACCUUCUUGGCCUCGCGCCAGAUUUGUUCCAAGGUAGCAAGAAAACUCUGCAAGACAUAUACAUAGGCAUUGAUGUCUGGGGCCGCGGUUGUCACGGAGGUGGUGGAUUUGGAUGCUUCCGCGCUGCAGAACAUAUCGAUCCAGCGGGCGUAGGGUUGAGCAUUGCACUUUUCGGGCCCGGCUGGUCUUGGGAGAAUGAUGAAGGAAAGGAUGGAUGGAGUUGGAAGACAUGGUGGGAACGCGAACGUACGUUGUGGGUUGGUCCUGCGAUCGAAGGUGCUCAUGUAGAAGUACCUGAUGCUCCACAACGUGAUGGAGAACCACCGUGUCCACAUGGAAAAUUCAGGCCAAUUAGCGACUUUUUCCAGAGUGCGCCAUCUAUUAAUCCUAACAUUUUGCCAUUUUAUACGUCCUUCUGUCCCGGAGUUGGUCAUGGCUGGUUUGUCGAGGGUAGACGGAUGAUGCACAAGAAUAACGGUUGGACAGAUAUUGAUAAACAGACAUCGUUGGGUAACUUGCUAUGGCCGAGACCUAGAGUCGAUUGGGAGGGGACAGAUCUGAACAUUCCGCUUCCAAAAACUUCGACUAUAUUGAAUUUCGACGAUGCAUUUAACGGGGGAUCGUCCGUGACCGUCAGACUUACGGGUGAAGGUGGGUCCGAAGAAGAGCCCUCAUUCCGAUGUUUCUGGAUCCCGGUACAAUCCAUUGCGCUCACGUCGGGUAGUCUCUACGAGGUUGAAUUAAUUUACAAGAUAUCUGCCAUUGGACACGAAUUCGACCUCGCUUUGUCCGUCAAGGGAAAAUCAGAUGUGGAUAUCACUCCGUUGACAUCUUCAGAGCUCGAGAGUGGUUGGAACAAAGUAUCUAUUACUUGCAAACCCAGUGGUGAUCUGGAACCAGAUACUCCAGCGAAUGUAGGAGUUAUCCUUGCCAUGGCGUCAGAAGAUGGAUCUCUUCCUUACACUAUCGAUGUCCAACUUGCUCAGCUUAGUAUCACCCCGAAGGCAACUCUACAAAACUUGUCACCUUACAAGACUCAGAUCCUGUGGGUAGACUGUGUGCGAGAUGCAAAUUCUGCAGAUGUGUUAUUGAUCACCUGGGACGCGUGCAUCACAUACACAACACCUGCGAGUCUCCGCGCAGAAGACCUUAUCCCAGAGGUCCCACGCCCGCCGUGGGUCCUGGAUCGCUCCGCACAUUGGUUCCCUCGUUUCCGUUACGCAAAUAUUUACGUAGAAGCACGUACACCCGCAACCGGUAUACGCCCAUCAGGGUCAGCUAUUUUCCUUGGAACAAGUGGAUGGGGUUCAGGAGCUACAACAGGUGUUGGGCUUAAUGGUUUCGUAAUAGAGACAGGCACACUGCCGAAUGAGUUGAAAGAGAGCACAGUACGGUUCUACGUGCAGGGAGUGACAGACAGAGGUACCAUUCUCCCUUGGGAGUCUUGUGCUUUCGUAGACUUUGCGUGGUAGGAG